ACGGUUUCUCUGUAGAAGAAGAGAGAAGACUGUCGUGUGAGGCAGCGGUUCACAGUGUCUUUGAGCGUAGUGCCCACCAACCUAUUCUCAAUCCCAUGCGACACCGUUCUCGUCCGAGAUAAGGCUCCUGUCGUCUACGAAAUGCUGGACGAGCUUCUGUUCAACAAAGAAUUCGGUCUACUUGGAAGGCUUCGUCCGGGGCUUGAAAAUGGGAUCCUUCGUCAAGCGGAUUACAACAACUUGGUGCAGUGCGAGACACUCGAAGACAUAAAAGUGCAUUUGCAUUCAACAGACUACGGUAACUUACUCGCUAAUGAAGCAUCACCUCUUGCCGUGUCGAACAUAGACGAUAAACUCCGGGAGAAGCUCGUGGUGGAGUUCCAGUACAUGAGGAAAAAUGCGACAGGGAAACUGGCCACAUUUCUGGAUUUCAUCACGUAUUCAUACAUGAUUGACAACAUCAUCCUGCUUAUAACAGGGGCGCUCCAUCAGCGGCCGCUCAACGAACUGAUGUCCAAAUGCCACCCUCUCGGAUCCUUCGAUGAGAUGAGGGCGAUUGAAAUCGCUCAAACCCCCGCUGAACUGUACAACGCGGUGAUCAUCGACACUCCCCUGGCUCCUUUCUUCCAAGACUGUCUGCUGGAACAGGAUCUGAACGAGAUGAAUAUCGAGAUCAUUCGGAACCAACUCUACCGCGCCUAUCUUGAAGCGUUUUAUAAAUUCUGUGAAGAAAUCGGAGGAACCACGGCGACGGUCAUGUGCGAGAUCUUGGCUUUCGAGGCUGAUCGUCGAGCGUUCACUAUCACGAUGAACUCCUUCGGGACCGAACUCGAACGAGACGAACGCAUGGCUCUGCUGCCUCGAUGUGGGAAACUCAAUCCCGAUGGGUUGGCUGCGCUUGCGAGAGCCGAAGACCUGUUCCAAGUGAAAAGCAUCGCCGAGUGCUACGUCGAGUAUAGUGAGCUAUUCGAGAACGAGAGUGGCGAUAAGACUUUUGAAGAUAAGUUAUUCGAGUACGAAGUGGAUCUGACUGUGAAGUCAUUCAUGCAGCAAUUUCACUUUGGUCUCUAUUACGCUAUUGUCAAACUCAAGGAGCAAGAAGCCAGGAACAUAGUGUGGAUUUCAGAAUGUGUCGCUCAAAGACACCGGUCCAAAAUCGAGAAUUAUAUCCCAAUACUACCCUGAUAUUGAUUGUCUCUAUAAUAUUACUGUCUCUUGAGAUUUCCCUUAUCCGAGAUCAAGGCCUCAUCUCUUCGCCAUCGGGACCAAACCAAUGUCGACGACUCAUUCGGGUCGCCAAUGGAAGGCACCGGGAAUUGCUCCCCAGAACCCCCUCCCUCUCAU